UUGACUCUCGGGGAACUGCUGUUUUUUAGUAGAACUGAAGUGAUGAUUUUUUAAAUCUAAACAAAUUCAAAUCGUGCUUGUUUGAAGAAUUGUUUACUGCAAGUAUUUUAUAAAAACAUCAAGUGGUUUAACUGAGUCGUGCGCCGCAACAGCUAAAAGAAGUUGGACCAAGAAGAAAAACCAGUUAUGUAUACAUGUGUAUAAAUGUAUGUAUGUGUGUGCGGCUUAAAUGCUGGUGUUUCGUUUUUCAUGGGCAAAAAUAAUUUUUAUGGCAAAAAAUUUUAAAUGAAAGUGUCGUUUGGUGUACGUAAAGUGUGUGCUUAACAUGAUUUAACUAUUUGGUGUUAGCGACAUCAGCAAUAAAACCAAGUUUGGAGCGUCUGCCGCGAAUGAAAAGCCGCCUCUACAUCAACAACUGCAAUUGGCGAAAAUUCCAUGAGCAGGAGGAAUAGCAGCAGUAGCAGAAAAACGGUAAAACGGCUAUUAAACUAAAGCCGAUUUGCUGCAAAACAAUUGCAAAAUAAAACUUAAAUUGUAAAACAGCAACAACAUCAACAAUUGGCACAAUUGGCAAUAAAUCAGCAGGAGUAGCCGCAGUAGAAAUAGCAAAGAAGUGAACAACGAGGGCAUCAGACGUUGUGCGAACUUUGGCAGACUCAGCGAAAGAAAACGAAAACGAAUCGAAAGCAAGAAAGCAAACAAACAAUCCAAACAAAGCGAACAGCGAGGGAAGUGGCAGUGUGGCAGAGCAGCAAAAGUCUCGCAGUUGUGCAUCAUUAGCACAUAAACACAAAGGGAACGAGUGCAGCUGUCAGAUACAGAUACGCAGCGCAAAGUUGCAACUAAAUUUGCCCAAGGCAACCGAGUGGCAGGCAAAACAAAAAACAAAAUUAAAGAAGAGGAGGCAGACAACCACGGACUAAACAAACAGGCAACAGAGACGGCACUGGCUCGUAUCGAUUUCGUGGACUUGUUGGGACGGCAACAAAAAGUAUCUACGAGAUACGUGCGUUGACAGGCCCACGCCAACGUCGACGCCCGCGUCUGUAACAUCGAACCCUGUCUGCAAGUGGUUGCAGGAAUGCAGCAUGUGGCCAUGUAGAGGCAGUAGCCAGCGACCUUAAACAGACAGCGACUACGUUUCAAGACAGUUGCUGCAACAGGGGCAGGGGUAUUGAUUGUACUAGUGGCAGGUGCAGAGUCUGUGGAAGUGGCAGCCACUUGGUAUUCAAACCAAACUUCAGCCCUACGUGACGUUGGCGAAGCGAAACCAGCCAACGGAACAGACCGGAAAAACGCCGAUGCGGCAAACCUAAGGCUGAAGCCCUCCCAGCGGAAGCAAUGGACGCCAACAGCAGCACACCAAUAGGGGCACGGGUAGUAUUGGCGUCGACACAACCACAAGCUUCGACAUCGUCGAGAGCCGCCUACACAACCGGCAGGUCAUUGGACCAACAGGUCGAUGCCUCUCCCAACAACUCGAACUACUCGAAUCUCACGAAUAGUACCAGCACAAGCAGCAACAACAGCAGCGCCUGCAGCCCUCUGGCCGCCGCCAGUGCAUCAUCUACGUCCAGCUCUUCGGCGCCACAGUAUAGCGAAGAUAUUAGAAGAACGUCCACUGCAGCACGCCAUCAUAGCAACGGGUCCGCGUCGACCAAAACAUGCGAAGCGGAUAUCGGCGAUGCAGAGCGUGAUACUUUCUCGCCAGUCUCUAGUCCCGAGUGUAAUGGAGCUGCGGCUCUAGAAGCUCCGGGCAACAGUAGUAGUCACAGCGGUGCUUUGGACAAUAAAAACUACGAGGGUAUCAAGGUCAAACCCCCAUCGAAGGAGGAAAAGCAGCGUCAGAACGAGGAAAUAGUGUGUAUGGAGACCUCCACAGUCUCCACAGAGACAGGGUCUUGGGAAUCGGUGUACCCAACUUCAACGAACAUGAACGUGCAGCGAUCGCUCGAUAAGAUCGAACAGCCCUCAACAAGUUAUCAAUUGAAUGAAAGCGAACCCUUCGAACGCCAGCGUACUUCUUCCACUGGAGCUGGCGCGGACACCAGCUCCCUGUUUAAGGGCAUCAGCGCCAAUUCCCUUUUGCGUGAGUUUGAAAAACGUGAGCAGCCGCUUUCAACAUCCGGCACUAGUGCCUGUUUUAUAGAUGCUUCAUCGCUGCGCGAUGAGGAUGAGGUUCUCUCCUUUCCCAGUCUUGAUGGGCAGGCACAGGAUGUGGAAAUGAAUGCGCCGCCGGCCGGCGAGUCAACAGAGCUGGACACACUUGAAGAAUCGCCCACAAAACAGCUAGAAGAGUUUCAUAAAGCAUUUGCCAAGUGCAAAAGUGGUGCUAAAAUGGAAUCGUCUCCUCCUCCACAGCAUCUUCCCUAUUCACGCACUAAUUCCAGCUCAAGCUCACACUCUGGGGCCGAGUCGCCGCAAAAAGAGCAAUUGGAGUCUACUAACAACUUAUCAGAUGAAGAGAAACUGUGGAAGCGGGAGCAACAGCUGCCGGCAUCAAAGGAUGCCAAAGAUACUGAUGUAACAGAAGCAUCGGUUUCAUUGGCGGCAGAUGCUGAUUCUUCUGAUUCCUCACUGAGCGUUAAGAUGCGACGCGAGAUGGAGGAACGUCCUAGACCGGUUCCUUACAGCUUUCAGCACAAUGCCCACAAUUUCAGUGUGCAUCCUUUGGGCACUAGUCCAAAAUUUGCGCCACACCAUGGGCAUACGCCACAUUCAAUGCCUCAUGGGCAGGCCCACAGCGAUCUCAGCUACACUACGGAUUAUUCAUCCUCCAGUCCGGCGCCGAGCCUGGUGUGGUCAGAGCAUGAGCCGCGUACUGGUGGCUUGUUGCGUCAACCACAGUUGGCGGCUGCCCACGCCCCAGAUACGCCUCAUAACUCAAUAGUACACAUUGAGCACGUGUCCAACAGCAGCAAUAACUCCUCCAUACAUCGUGACUACACACUCUCCUCAUCGCUGUCACAUCAUCGGGACUCCGGGGCCUAUUGUAGCGAUGCCACCGAUUCCCCAGUACCCCUGCCGCGCACACCUAAGCGCACAUCUAAAUGCGAUGAAGCAAAUCCAAUUGUUUCAGGCGGUGCCUCCAUAGAAGACUUUCGGCUUAAGCAGUGUGAGAGUCCGAGCAUUAAACGGCGGAACGAUACCUGUCCCAUUGUAUCAGGUGGCUUUUCUUCGCUCGAUUUUGCACACACUCGUCCGCUUCAUGACGAGGACGACGAUGAGGAUGACGAGGCAGAAGUCGAAGGGGUAGAGCUUCGUGUCAAAUCAAAAGCACGCAAACCAGUGCCAGGAAUUGCGUCCUGGGUGGUGGACAUGAGUGACUGUCGGUCGGAGCGACGUAAAAGUACUAGUUCCACUUCUAGCGUGGAGGCAGCGACGCGUUUCCGUGAACGCUCAGACUCUAAUAGCUCGCACAAAAGUGGCUGCGGUUUCUACGUUUCUCUGGACGACAUGGACAGGAAGCCGGUAGAUGCACAGCCGCUAAGCAAAUCGUACACUGCGCCCAAGUCAGCGGGCUUCUUUGUGAAUCUCUCUCAAAGCGAUUUGCAAACUAAGGAUACUACCCAUAAAUCUCCUGAGCAAACGGAGGAGUCGGCCACUACCGCUGCUGACAAGAAAAACAUCUUCAGCAUGUUCAUCGAUUUUGGCAGUGACAAGAAACCGCGGCCCAGUGCUCGCAAGGAACCCUUCAAUCUUGCCCAGCGUCUUUCUAGCUCAUUGACCACGGCUCAACGACGUAGCGAGGACGCCAUGAAGUCAAGUGCCAGUUCCACGGAAACGUUGAUGGCCAAGAGCGCCACACAGCGUGCUCAAGUAGAGGAAGAGAUGGCGGGCGAAAGCAAAUCAUUGGACUACAAGUGCAAUCUGGAUCCGCCCCUGACUGUGGCAGCGUUAAGGCGUCUUUCGCAGCAACAGAGGCAGCAAAACGAUCCCACUAAAAGACACUCGUGGGGUAACAACAAUAUUAAUAGCACCAAUGGUGAACCGCCGAUAGGGGACUACAAGCGAUCUAUUAGUCUUACAGCGAACGGCGACACCGGCAAGGAUCAGGGUGCCGGCUUGAUGAGCAUCAUUGAUAAGCUUCCGAUUAUCUCGAAGGCUUCAUCACUCUCGGUGGACAGCUCUUUGUCGCCCUACGAUGAGUACACCGGAUCUAAGUCAGGCUUAAGCAGUUGUUCAAAUGCUUCUGCACGCAAUUCCAUGUCCGGCGGUGAACGUGAAGACGGUGAGCAAGCAGACAAUGGUACACGUAUCAAGAAGCGACGUCGCGAUGUGCAGAUCAAUGAAACAUUUGACAAAAGCAGCGUCGCCUCUAUCACCGAAGGCGUACUCUCUAAGGAUAGGUCGCCAGCGUCAACCACCGACACGGAUGAUCUUACAUUCCAACAGGAUGAAGAACUGGCAUUGAGGGAAGCCGCACUACAACCACUGCAGUUAAGCAGUAGCUCUAACCGUACCUCUACUAUCAUCAUGGAGACCAUUAUAGAAACAAAGGAGACUUCGUCACCUAAGAAGAGCGCACUAAACAAUGGGCACACCAUGGAAACUUUGCAUGCCACAAUUGAAAAGCAGAAGCAGCUGCUGGAGACGGUCAAUGAGCAUGCUGAAGCACAAACUGGCGCUUCUAAACCGGAAAAUUUUGUAAAGCUGUCAGAUAUGGACAAGCCCGUGAAGCAUGAGUUGAACUCACCUGAUGCCAUGAGCAAGAGCGUGGGAAACCAUCGCUCUUCGCAGCUAAAUCGUCUUUAUCGUGACGACGCGUCCAAAACGCGUCCACAUUCCUGGGCUAUGACCCGCUCCACAGGUGGCAGCAACAUUCAGACCUUCGCUAGCUCUGUGGAUAAUUUGCGUAGCCUCUCUCGCUUGUUCCCAAAUUUCUCCAAAGAGUUCUCGAAUUCGUUGCCCAAUGACAUGGCGUUGGAUCAGCAGCAACACCAAUUGGACUACAUACAAACCGAUCUCAGUGCCGACUCUAGUUUAGCUUCUAGCUUCAGUCGCUCAGCCAUGGAUGAGUCUUCCAUUUCUUGCCGACAACCCCGCCGUCUAGGCGAGGAUCUGCUGAAGAUGUUUCUGCAGGAGAUCGCCACGGAUAUGGUGGUAGAGGUGCACGGGCGCCGAAUCCGUGCGCAUAAGUGUAUUCUUCGCUCCCGCUGUCAAUAUUUUGCAGCCAUGUUGGCCGGCCAUGGAGCCCAAAGUGUCGUCUCAUUACAGGGCUACUCUUACUCAGCGGUUCACUUUGCACUCUGUCAUAUUUACUCGGGUGCCUCCCAUCCACCUGAUGGCAUUAGUCUCAUGGAGCUAGCUGCAUUGGCCGAUCUACUGGGCCUCGAGGGGCUCAAGGAGGUUACAUCGCACGCACUUAAGACGAACUACUGCCACAAUUUUCAUAAACCGUGCUCUGGCUGCAUCGAUGGCAUUUUGCAGGUGCUGCCCGUUGCACUUAAUCAUGCUCUAGACGAUCUCUAUCGUAAAUGCCUGCGCUGGACAUGUCGGCACUACCUGAAGGUCUGGCCGACCCGACAAUUUUCGCAACUACCCCCGGAUAUUUUAGGACGCUGCCGGCAACAGAUUGUCGCUUAUUUGACGUCUGAAACGGUGCUGGAUACAGUGCUCGACUGCGACCACUUGCUAUCCCAGCUUUCCGCCUAUCGGUGGGGUCACGUCUGUGAGCAAUUAGUUCGCGACAUACUGGAUGCCGCCUAUGCCUAUGUGGGCGAUCAUUUUGCCAGUUUGAUAGCUAGUGAUGCAUUCCUCUCGCUCGGACACGACCGCAGUCGCCACAUUCCUCGGCUGGAGGGUGUGCUUCUGCAUACGGCUUCAUCCCUGACGCCUGACCAGGCUUGUCGCAGCUACCAGCGUGUGACACGCCUCAAUACCGUGCUGCAGGCCAAAAUUAUACAAAUGCCUGUGAAUUUGGGGGAGCUAGCAAAGGAACUGCAGGGUCUGCAGGAAGAAGAACUCGACUGGGAGCCGGAUUACAUACGACUAGUGAGCGCGCUACUCUCUGCCGUUGAGCAGUGUCUAAUACGGCAAUGUUCGCGUGCUAUGCGAGUAACCGCCUGGCAGCGUAUGGACCUUGAUCUGCGCAAGAAGAUUCAAACGCUGGCACGACUGACGGAGCCGCUCGAUCUCAAGCGAAAUAGCAAGCCUAUUGGCAAGGCCUUCUCCUUUGGCGGGAAUACACGGAGUCAGGAUCUGGUGCAAAUCAAACUAGCCAUACAGGCACAAUCGAAACGUGCGCAUGCGCAAGAGACUCAACUUUACAAGGCUACGCAAACGUUGGAAGCGGGUAAUGUGCAGACAGCGGAACGUGGUGUGCAGGCCAAUCACGAGCCGAGAGAGACUAGCGGUAAACUGCUGAAGUCCAACUCUCGCGCCUAUGUACCGCAGACGCAACGGUCCAGCUCACAAGUUGCCCCUGAACGACACAGUCUACAGCUCAACAUGCAUCGACGCACGCAAUCUGAGGCGCCACCUGUAGCGCACAAAAAGGCAGCGGGAGCGAUGACAGAGUCUGAGCCCAAAGCAGCACCAGCGGUAGCCAAGAGUCAGGCGCGCCUGUCUGAAGUCCGACCGCGUUAUCUGGAGCCGCGAAAGCCGCGUGCAGUGUCGGCCAACAACAGCAGCAACAAGAGUACGGGACCGAUACGUAGCGCCACCAGCUCGAGCAUACCGACCGGACAUAAUAAGCCAGCCAAAGGACUGCACAUCUCUUCCAGCGACAGUUCGCGUCACUCGAGCCCAGCUGCAGCGCGCCGUGUUAAAAAUGGCAUUGGAAACAAAUCCACCAAUUUGUCCAUGGAUAGUCUGGCUUCACCGGCACGUCGCGCCAAGAGCGCUCCACGCACCUGUAAGCCCGCCGAUCACGAACAGCGCUACGCAUCCGAUCUCAAUGUAGACUCGCUGACCGAGAGCAUGAAGAGUUCAGUGAUAACGAAUAAAACGAUCUCACACGAAUCCCUGACUGGCAGCAGUAAAUUGGCUCGCGUGCAGCAGCUCAAUAAUCGUAACAAAGAGGCGACCACGGCAGCAACAGCACCAAAGGUCAAGGUAGGGAACAAGAGUACACGUCAGCUAAAGCAGCAGCACAAUACCGUCUCCAACGGCUCCAGUCCCAGCUCCGUACAUACGACCAAAUCGGCUACUAGUCGCCUCUCCUCUGUCAGCUCGACGCUUUCAACGCGCGAUCUCUUCAAGCAGCGCUCAAUUUCUGUACCGGCAGGCGAUGCUGUACCUCCAAAAGGACGCCAUAGUUUCCUAUCAGCAAAAUCACGGGAGAUUCUCGCCAAGCGAGCAGAAAAGAACAAGCUCCAGCAGCAGCAACAACAACAGCAACAGCAGGCCGCUGCAAACAGUUCAGGCGAUGAGCGUGGCUCCCGUCAGCGAGCUUCAACUGGACCUCUGCGAUCGUCCUCUCAUUCUGCCGUUACCAAUAUGCUGCAACAGCACAAUCUGCGUAAUAGCUUGCCUUCAAACAUACCCACAAGACGGCCCAAUACAUUGCAGCUGAAGAAGGCGACAACAACAGCGAUGACGACGACGACGAACGGCCUGAGCCACAGGCCACAACAGUCUGCCAAAAUGGCAUCCACCAAUGGCGUCAAUGGCGUCUAUAAAACGGCACACGCUGUUAAACAAAAGCUAGAUUUGCUGAUCGAUGCCACGCUGGAUGAGCCUAUGCAGCGGGUAGAGUCAAAGCUGGAGCGCUCGAGCACCUUUUGCAAAGAGAGUGCAGAUGUAGAUGUUAGUGAGCUGCAAAUUGUGGAGUGAGCAAACAAAUGAUAUACCCACAUAUUAUACGAGAUCGCAUCCAAUUCGGUUGAUGAAACCGUUUGAUGACACAUACACGUCCCAUAAAGCAACUCUAGUCAAUAAUAGCAUGUAGUUGCGAGCAAAGGAAACAAUUUACAAUAAAUCUAUGUUACUACAACAAAAGCAAACACACCCACACCUACACCCACUAAAAUAAUGGCAAUUAUACAAAGUUAUGUCGUUUAUCUAUCCGCAA